AUGAGCAAUCAGUACCAGGAAGAGGGCUGCUCCGAGAGGCCCGAGUGCAAAAGUAAAUCUCCAACUUUGCUCUCCUCUUACUGCAUCGACAGCAUCUUGGGCCGGAGGAGCCCGUGCAAAAUGCGGCUGCUGGGAGCCGCGCAGAGCUUGCCUGCCCCGCUAGCCAGCCGCACCGACCAGGAAAAGGCCGUGCAAGGCUCCCCCAAGGGCAGCAGCGCCCCGUUCGAGGCCGAGCUGCACCUGCCGCCCAAGCUGCGGCGCCUGUAUGGCCCGGGCGGGGGCCGCCUCCUCCAGGGCGCCGCAGCGGCGGCGGCGGCCGCGGCGGCCGCGGCGGCCGCGGCGGCCACGGCCACGGCGGGUCCGCGUGGGGAGGCCCCUCCGCCGCCGCCGCCGCCGACCGCCCGGUCCGGGGAACGGCCGGACAGCGCGGGGGCCGCCGUGGCCGCCGCCGCCGCGGCCGCCGCGGCCUGGGACACGCUCAAGAUCAGCCAGGCGCCGCAGGUGAGCAUCAGCCGCAGCAAGUCGUACCGCGAGAACGGGGCGCCCUUCGUGCCGCCACCGCCCGCGCUGGACGAGCUGGGCGGCCCGGGGGGCGCCGCGCACCCGGACGAGCGCCUCGGCGCCGCCGGCGGCCCCGGUGGCGCCCCGGCGGCUAGUAGCGGCACGGGCGCCGAGGACGAGGAGGAGGAGCUGCUGGAGGAAGAAGAGGACGAGGACGAGGAAGAGGAGCUGCUGGAAGACGACGAGGAGGAGCUGCUGGAGGACGACGCCCGCGCGCUGCUCAAGGAACCGCGGCGCUGCGCCGUGGCCGCCACCGGAGCGGUGGCCGCCGCCGCUGCCGCCGCCGUGGCCACCGAGGGCGGGGAGCUGUCGCCCAAGGAGGAGCUGCUGCUGCACCCAGAGGACGCUGAGGGCAAGGACGGCGAGGACAGCGUGUGCCUGUCUGCGGGCAGCGACUCAGAGGAGGGGCUGCUGAAGCGCAAACAGCGGCGCUACCGCACCACGUUCACCAGCUACCAGCUGGAGGAACUGGAGCGGGCCUUCCAGAAGACGCACUACCCAGACGUCUUCACCAGGGAGGAACUGGCCAUGAGGCUGGACUUGACUGAGGCCCGGGUCCAGGUCUGGUUCCAGAACCGACGGGCAAAGUGGCGCAAGCGGGAGAAGGCGGGCGCACAGACCCAUCCUCCGGGUCUGCCCUUCCCCGGGCCGCUCUCGGCCACCCACCCGCUCAGCCCUUACCUGGACGCCAGCCCCUUCCCCCCGCACCACCCCGCGCUCGACUCGGCCUGGACGGCCGCUGCCGCCGCCGCCGCCGCCGCCUUCCCGAGCCUACCUCCGCCUCCAGGCUCGGCCAGCCUGCCGCCCAGCGGGGCGCCGCUGGGCCUGAGCACUUUUCUCGGAGCCGCCGUGUUUCGGCACCCGGCCUUCAUCAGCCCUGCGUUCGGCAGGCUCUUUUCCACCAUGGCCCCCCUGACCAGCGCGUCGACCGCGGCCGCGCUCCUGAGACAGCCCACGCCGGCCGUGGAGGGCGCGGUGGCGUCGGGCGCGCUGGCCGACCCGGCCACGGCGGCCGCAGACAGACGCGCCUCCAGCAUAGCCGCGCUGAGGCUCAAGGCCAAGGAGCACGCCGCGCAGCUCACGCAGCUCAACAUCCUGCCGGGCACCAGCACGGGCAAGGAGGUGUGCUAA